AUGAGAUUCGUACCUGAUCAGGACAUUCCUGAUCUUAGUGGCAGGGUGGUUUUGGUGACAGGCGCGAACAUUGGGCUUGGUCGAGAGACUGUGCGACAAGUGGCGAAGCACACUCCAGCUCAUAUCUUUCUGGCCGCGCGAACUAGAUCUAAGGCUGAGACGACCAUUGAAGAGUUAAAGCGAGAGAACGCAAGCGCUGCCCCGAUUUCUUUCCUUGAGUUGGACCUGGCCUCUUUUGAAAGCAUUAAAAAGGCUGCGUCGACUUUCAACAGCAGCUCGGAGCGACUGGACCUCCUCAUCAAUAAUGCAGGAAUCAUGUGCACGCCCGUUGGGACUACGGCUGAAGGCUAUGAGCUGCAGUUCGGCACGAAUCACGUCGGCCAUGCUUUGCUGACGAGGCUGUUGUUGCCGAAACUCAAGCAGACCGCGACCGCGCACCCAGAGGUUGAUGUCCGCAUUGUCAAUGUGUCUUCUGGCGGUCAUAUGAUGGCACCCACAGAUGUGUAUCCUCUGGCAGACCUCAAAGGAGAACUGGGAAUUUACAGCACCUUGACCCGCUAUGGCCUCUCGAAAUUGGCCAACAUACACUUCACUCAGGAGCUAGCAAGGCAUAACCCGGCCAUCAAGUGCGUUGCAAUCCAUCCUGGGCUAGUCAACACCAAUUUGACAUCUGGCUGGUUAGCCUUCCACCCUUGGUUUGUUCAUCCGAUCAAUCUGGUGGGAUGGUUGAUCGGUCAGUCUGUGGAGAAGGGAGUGCUGAAUCAGCUUUGGGCUGCCUUCUCACCAGAAGCGAAGUCUGGCGCUUAUUACUUUCCCGUGGGCGAGCUAAGACAUGACGGAAAGGUCGACAAUCAUAAGGCCGCACAGGAACUGUGGAAGUGGACAGAGGAGCAGCUUGAAGGGCAAGCGUAG